UGAGUGGUUGAAUAUUUCUAGGAAUUAAAUGGAAAUCAUACUAAUCUGCAAAUGAACUGAUUAGAUUUUGGAAUUGACCCAAAUAGGGUCAAAGUCACAGCAAGGUCAGAUGUCUGAAAUAGUUCUUCCUCGAUAGCUUGCUUCAUUUUUGAAAUCAAUUUUAAGGGUAUCUCUGGCAAACAAGUUAAAAUCAAGAAAAACUGGACUUGUUUUUCGGUGGUGGAAGCAUCCUCGACUUGUUGAAUGCUAAUCCAAAAACCAGAUAUUAACCAGAUGAAUUAUAAUAUGAAUGGGAAUAAGGUAUGUAAUAUGUAGCAGAAAAUCACCAUCUGAGCUUUACUGUGCUCCCUGUAGGUGGUGCCACCUGUUGUCCCCCCAGGCUGUAGCUCUCUUAGGCCAGACCAGAAAGGUCAGCAGCACUGAACUCUACAGCCAGCUUUGUCCCCGACAGUGCUAUGCUAGAAAUGUGCUUAUCUCUUGCUAUUUGUUUACACCCGUAUAGGAGAAUGCCCCUUUUAAACAUUUCAGACAUUUCUGUUUAUCUUUGUUAAGAAUCACCAUGCCAUGAUCCUGAACCAUGUCCUGAAGUGGUUUUUAAAGCUUCACUUGAUGUGUGCAUGUUCUAUUGUCAGAGCAUAUUUUUUCUAUUUGCAACAGAGCAUUGUUAAUAUUAAAGGCAGCAGGUGUGUAAUCAUAUUUUUUUUCUUAGUCUGACAUGCAGCUUUGCAAUAAUAAAAAUGUGGGUUUAUUUUCCUGGCUGUUUCCACAGCUCAUGCCACAGAUCCCAGGAAUAUAUUCACUUAAAUAUUAUUGCCAUUAUUCUGGUGGCAUUGUGCUGUGUGUAUAAAAGGGUACACUGAAAACCACAACACCUUAAAAUGCACAUCUGCUCAUUUCGUCUCUGCUUCCUUAAGAAAAGGUGAAUGGUUAUGAUGGAAUAUUUAAUAUAAAUUUGAUUCAUUCAGGUAGGGUAACUGCUUUAUGUUGUGUGAAAUGUGACCUGUAGCUUCUGCCUCAAUUUCCACAAGCAGUGUAUUUGACAUGAUGUUAAUGAAUGAGUGAAUGGAGUCUUGCGUUACUAUGUGGGACACCAUGCUGGAGGCUUGCAUUCUGCUGCUGGCCUUGCAAAUGUUUUACUAUAGAAACAUUCAGUCUAGACUCUAGGAUGCUAGGCUAGGAUUUUAAGAACUAGAAGAUUACAUUGUGAGGAGAAGUGUACUGCGAUUACAUCUGUUAUCUGGUCUGGUCCUGAGCAGAUCAUCUGGAUGGGCUGGGUAUGUGUGGGUAGAGAAUGAUAAGCAACAGUGGCUUAUCGGAGAAGGAAAGAAAUAGCUCAGCACUCUGAGUUUCUGACACUGAGAUAAUCUCCCUUGAUUAUUUCACGAAAAUGGCUGAUGUUGGAUUAAAGCGUGGCUUUUGGAUUUCUGUGCUCUGAAAGACAUGAGAGAUGGCCAGUGUAUUAAGGAAGCAGAGAGGAAACACAUAGUCAGAAGCACAGUGCUCGAACAGACAUUCAUCUCUUCCAGCACUCAGACCGGAUUUAAUCGAUCCAGCAAUUGAAAGCUACUGAGCCAUGCUAAGCUCUUCUGCCUCCCCCUCUCCUCUCCUCCUUUCUAACCUUCCUAUACUACUCUCUCACCCUCCCUCUGCCUGUGCCCUUCUUUGGCAGUGCUGGAUGACUCCUAUUGUGUUAGGCACACUCCAGCCCCUCAGGCAGACCUCCUCCCUCUUUCUGUCUCAAUCCUCACUAUGGAGGUCAUCCAGCUCAGUUUGUCCUCGAAGCCAAAGCAGGCUUAUCCUCCUUACUCCUCACUACCACCUUGUCCACCUCCACAUCUUCUUCUCCAGAGGAGAUGCAGGCUCACUGGGAGCCAACAGGGAGUGACCUGGCUCCUCUUCGAGCGAGGAAACAGGAAAGGAAGCGCCAGGAAUUGCUGGCUCUAGCUCUUGGGCUGAGGCUAGGGGUUCACACCUUCAGAGGCCCGCAUUGGUGUGAAUACUGUGCCAACUUCAUGUGGGGUCUCAUUGCCCAGGGUGUUCGCUGCUCAGACUGUGGACUGAACGUGCAUAAACAAUGCUCAAAACUGGUGCCCAGCGACUGUCAGCCAGACCUGCGGCGCAUCAAGAAGGUUUUCAGCUGUGACCUCACCACGCUGGUUAAAGCUCACAAUACACCACGGCCUAUGGUCGUAGACAUGUGCAUCAGAGAAAUUGAGCAAAGAGGACUGAAGUCAGAAGGGCUCUACAGAGUGUCUGGUUUUACAGAACAUAUAGAAGAUGUGAGGCUGUCCUUUGACAGAGACGGUGAGAAGGCAGAUAUCAGUGCAAAUGCAUAUCCAGACAUCAACGCCAUCACAGGAGCUUUGAAACUCUAUCUGAGGGAUCUGCCCAUCCCUGUCAUCACAUACGACGUCUAUUCCAAAUUCAUACAGGCAGCCAAAAUAAAUGACCCUGACACCAGGCUAGAAGCAAUCCACGAUGGCCUGCUGCAGCUUCCUCCUGCCCACUAUGAGACUCUUCGCUACCUGAUGACCCAUUUAAAGAGGGUCACUAUGUAUGAAAAAGACAAUCUCAUGAAUGCAGAGAAUCUCGGAAUCGUCUUCGGUCCAACUUUGAUGCAGCCACCAGACCAGAACACACUCGCCACCCUCAACGACAUGAGGCACCAGAAACUGAUCGUUCAGCUGUUGAUUGAGCAUGAAGAUAUCCUCUUUUAAAGCCAUGAACUGUAAAGAACUUCCUACCGUGAGGAAGUCGGUGGGAGACCUUGUUUUGUUUCAAAAAUAAAAGUCUUAAUUGGUUUAAAAUGUACAUUUCAUUUAACAUAUUCUAAAUCACCAGUAGUAGAUCAGGAAAAAUGGGCGCUACUGUAAGCCUGCUCUUGAGGCUUGAUGGAUUUCUUGAUCCUGUCUCAACGCUCUUCAUAACUUUUUAUUUAAUUUGAUCUGAUUGUGAACAAAUCAUGAGAUGAAUUAUUGUUUUGUAUAUAUAAGUUGUUUGUAUGGUACAAAAAAAAAUGCAAAGGAAUUUUACUGUUUCCCCAAAUGCCAAAUAAUGUAAAUAAACCCCGGUGGUAUAUGACUGACUGACUUUCAUGGUUAGUAUGUUGCACUGAUAUUGGUUUAAUGUUUCAUGGGUUAAAACUUCUUUGUGGUGUGUAUAUGUACACAUUUUAAUGUUUUACAAUGACAAGACCCAAUAUGAAGCACUUUUGUUUUUCUUUGACAAAGAUUGUAAAUAUUUUGAUCUGUAUUUUUUGCAAAAUUUGGUGUUGAUCGUUUGAAAUAUCAUCGCCAUUCAAUUUCCUUUUCUUAAAGGAAAGGGUUCCGCUGCCAUUCAGUGAGGUUCUGUUGUGCUUGUAUAUAUAUAACCAUGGCUUAUACUGUAAAUUAGGAUGCUGACGUGGAGCAUUUUGACCAUCUCAAACUGUGAUGUCGACAUGUGAGCCAGUGCACACGGAUGGAAGCAGUGGAUGGAGCCAUACCUCAUAAUCAGGCCAUUUAUGAAAGAAAUAAUCGUCCCAAUCUGAUGCUUUUGAAUGAAUGAAUUCACUCAUUUGAUAUGAGAACUUUCUAAAAAUGUGUUUUAUUAAAAAAAAAUAUUUUCUGUGCAGGAUGUAAUUAUGAUUGUAAUUUAU